GAAGAAGUGUACGCCAGAGUGCGCAUGCGCGUCAUCACCUGUCAGGGUCACCAUGGUUCGGGAGCAGCUCGGUUCUGUCUGCGUGUCUGUCAGUGUUUGACCGGAGUUUCGGGCCAAUGUUCAGACUGCUCCGCUGGAGGUUCCGACCGCUCAGCGGGCCGUCGGACCUCCUCUACGCCGGCUCAGCUCGCUCCUUCAGCGGCUCUCCUCCGCCCGCUGCCCGGGUCCGCAGCACCUUCCUGGACUUCUUCCGGCAGGAACACGGACACCUUCUGGUCCCGUCCUCCCCGGUCCGGCCCAGAGGAGACCCCAGCCUGCUGUUUGUCAACGCCGGAAUGAACCAGUUCAAGCCGAUCCUCCUCGGCACCGCGGAUCCUCGCAGCAGCAUGUCGGCGUACCGUCGCGUGGUCAACAGUCAGAAAUGCGUCCGAGCCGGCGGCAAACACAACGACCUGGAGGACGUGGGCCGGGACCUGACCCACCACACCUUCUUCGAGAUGCUGGGGAGCUGGUCCUUUGGGGACUACUUCAAGGUGGAGGCGUGCAGCAUGGCGUGGAGCCUGCUCACAGAGCAUUAUGGGAUACCUGCUGACCGGCUCUACGUGUCGUACUUCGCAGGCGAUGCCGCGGCACGUUUACCCGCCGACGAGGAGACCCGACGGAUCUGGUUGGACAUCGGGGUUCCCCCAAGUCGCCUCCUGCCGUUCGGCCUGAAGGAGAACUUCUGGGAGAUGGGGGACUCGGGUCCAUGCGGGCCCUGCACUGAGAUCCACUACGACCACGUGGGAGGACGGGACGCUGCAGCUCUCGUUAACGCUGAUAGUCCGGACGUGGUGGAGAUCUGGAACCUGGUCUUCAUGCAGUACAACAGGGAGCCAGACCAGAACCUGUGCCCCCUUCCCCGGGUCAGCGUGGAUACUGGGAUGGGACUGGAGAGACUGGUGAGCGUCCUCCAGGGGACCAGGUCUACCUACGACACAGAUCUGUUUACCCCCCUGCUGCAGGCCAUUCACCAGAGGUCGAGGGUCGGGCCGUACGGCGGCAGGACGGGGGAAGCGGAUCAGGGACGGGUGGACAUGGCGUACCGGGUGGUGGCGGACCACAUCAGGACUUUAUCAAUCUGCAUCGCUGACGGAGUCCAUCCGGGCAUGUCCGGAGCAGAGUUGGUUCUGAGGAGGAUUCUGCGCCGGGCUGUCCGGUUCUGUGUCCAGGUCCUGCAGGCUCCUCAGGGCUCGCUGGCCAGCCUGGUUCCGACUGUGACCCACAUACUGGGCGACGUGUACCCGGAGCUCCACAGCGAGGCGGACAGGGUCAUGGAUGUCAUCAACGACAGCGAGGCUCACUUCCUGUCGUCUCUACAUCAAGGCAGCCGCCUCAUCCUCCGCACGCUCAGCUCGAAGGACUACAAACAUGGAGUCUUCCCUGCCUCCGUGGUCUGGUCUCUGCACAGGGAUCUGGGUUUUCCUCUGGACCUGGUGGACCUGAUGUUGGAUGAGCGAGGAGUCAAGGUGGACCGUGAGGAGCUGGACCGACUGAUGGCAGAGAGCCACAAGGUGUCGUCUGAUCUCCACUCAGGUGUUCAGUCCCAGGUGAUGUUGGAUGUUCUCAGCCUGGCAGAGCUGCAACGUCUUGCGGUUCCUCACACUGACGACAGUCUCAAGUACCAGUACAGCCUGGAGCAGGGCCGAUACGUUUUCCCAGCAUGCAGUGCAACGGUCCUGGCUCUGUACGACGGUCGGGUUCUGGUGUCGGAGGUGUCGGAGGGUCAGUGCUGUGGCGUCAUCUUGGAUCAGACCUGCUUCUACUCUGAGCAGGGGGGACAGUCACAUGACCGGGGCUACUUCACCUGGGACAGAUUGCAGGAUGUCCCGUACUCGGUGGAGGCUGUGGUCCAGGCGGGGGGUUACGUGGUCCAUCAGGUGACUGCAGCCGGCAGACUGAAGACUGGAGACAGAGUCCAGCUGCACCUGGACCAGGUCCACAGGCUGUCCUGCAUGGUGAAGCACACCGCAACGCACAUCCUGAACUUCGCUCUGCGGGUGGUUCUGGGCCCAGCGGUCCAGCAGAGAGGAUCUCAUGUGUCAGCUGAUCGCCUCCGCUUCGACUUCAGCGUCAAGGGUUCUCUCAGCGUCUCUCAGUUGCAGCAGGUAGAAAGGUGUGUUAAUGACAUCAUCGCAGCCAAUCAGGUCGUCCACAGCCAGGAGCUUCCUCUGCAAACAGCCAGGUGCAUCAAUGGGCUGAGGACCGUGGACGAGGUGUAUCCUGACCCUGUUCGGGUGGUGUCAGUGGCAGUUCCGGUCUCUGACCUGUUGAAUGAUCAGACGGACAGACAGACAUCUGUGGAGCUCUGCUGUGGAACUCACCUGUUGCAGACUGGAGCCAUCAAGGACCUGGUGAUCGUCUCAGAGAGACAGAUGGUGAGAGGCAUCAGUCGGAUCAUUGCAGUGACGGGACAGGAAGCAGCAGAGGCUCGGGAAGCGGGUCAGGUUCUGUCUCAGGAGGUGGACUCUCUGUCAGCCAGACUCACAGGCUCCGCCCCCUCCAGCCUUGACUCCGCCCAGUGUCUCGCCAAGGAGGUCGGCGUCCUGUCUGAUGCUGUGGACAACACCUCCAUCCCUCAGUGGCAGCGCAGAGACCUCCAGUCCAGACUGAGGGCUCUGCAGAGAACCAGCAACACCUGUGUCAGGAAACUGGAGACCAGACAGGCUGCAGUCCAGACUCAGGCUCUGCUGGAGAAGAACGGCGUGAGGGAUGUUCAGGUGGACUCUGUAGAGACGGACUCUCUGUCGGUGCUGAUGAAGACGGUGAAUCAGCUGAGUGCCGCGGCUCCUCACAGUCAUGUGAUGCUGCUCGCUCACCAGAGGCAUUCUGGGAAGGUUCUGUGUGCCUGUCAGGUUCCCAAGGACUCGCUGUCCCUCUCAGCAUCUGAUUGGGCGUUGGCGGUAUGUCGUCGCCUCGGGGGGAGUGCCGGGGGCUCGGCGCUGGUCGCCAAGGGAACAGGAAACAGCAGUGACAUCACUGAGGCUCUGAGGUGGGCAGAGGAGUUUGCUUCUGAGAAGACACAGCGAUGAUGUCAUAAAGUGAGAGAUGACAUCAUUCUGACAUCACAGCAACUCCUGGGUCAGGAACUGCUUCGUGUUCGGACAGGAAGUGACAACGGGACGUUUGGGAGGAGAGGGGUGGUGCCCCACUGUGAGGGGCGGGGCUUCCUGCUGCUGUCAGCCAAUCAGAGCAGCAGAUGUUCUCUUUGUUAGCAUGCUAACAUUAGCUUUAGUAUAUGCUAACAUGCUAAAGGUCAUGGUGUGUAUUGAAUAAACUUUAUUCAGGAAAUGUUUCCUGUAACAUGAUGUCAGAGAGGAGGACAGGUACAGGUGACUGUAAGCCCCGCCCACCGCUGCUCUCAGGCUCUUCUCAUUGGACAAUGAUUUAAAACAGAUUUAAUAAAAACAUGACACG